AUGAAGGUGAACACAGACCGGGAGCAGGUCUACUUCGAGAACUGGGACGAAGCGGCCCUGCGCCGCAUCAUCGACCAGCAGCGCAAGAUCACGCAGGUGUCCAAGCAGAUGAAGAUGAAGCAGCUGUACCAAAUCUUGAUUCUCAUUGACGACUUUGCGGAUAGCCCCAACCUGCACAAGCGAACGGGCGACUCGGCCCUCGACACGCUGUUCGUGCGCGGAAGGCAUUUCCAGAUAAGCACCUGGGUCAGCACCCAGAAGCUCCGCCUGAUCAGCAACGCCGUCAGGGUGAACGCCCAGUUCUUCAUGGUCUGGCGCCUAAGAAACCAGCUCGAGAAGGACAGCCUCCUGGAAGAGCUCACAGCCCUGGUGCCCAAGAAACAGCUGGAAGCCAUGUACGAGGAGGCGGUCCGGGAGCCUUACAGCUUCCUGUACAUCUACCUGCUCAAGCCGCAGGACGAGAUGUUCCACAUCCGCUUCGACAAGCGCUUUCAAAUAGGCCUCGCGCCUUUAGCAAACGCAACGCCACAUGGGAGCCUUGCUGUCGACGAUAGCCAGCAAGCUUCUGGGCAGCAGCACCCUUUGCAAGAGCGAGUGAAACGGGUCGCAGGCACGGACAGCGACUUUGAAUUCGAUGUAGGCGAAUCAGUGCACUUGCAGGGUGCGGCCAAGCUGGGAGUGUUCAAGAUCAGGGUGGCGGACACCUUCCUCAGCACCGAUCGGGGGACUUACUUGUAUUGGCGAGACACGGCGUUGGGCACCCUGAACUGGGCACAACUGCCCACGGGAGCAUACACGGGGGUGAGGCUUGCCGCUUGGGUGAGUUCCAACUUUGCCGCCGCGACGUAUGUGGAGUCGCGCAACGAGCUGGAAGUUGCGUACGACGGCAACAGGUUGAUCUUGAACGAUCAGGAGCUGCGAACGCAGUUCCCCGGAAGCGGCAGCUACCCCCAAGGCGCCACGCCCAGCAAGCCCUUGAGCAUCAAUCACUUGCUUGGACCCAGCUUUAUCAACGAGGCGGGCAACCAGCAGGUGUUCACCUUCGUGCAGAUGCAGCCGUACUCGGAAAUUUACCUCCGAUGCAGCAGCCUGGCCAACGCCGCCGACACCGUUGGGCCUCUGGGGCACGACAUCAUCGCCAAGAUCGUUUGCAAGCAGGGCGUUGGCCACAUCAUGGAGGCGGACACCCACGAGAACCACAUGGUCAAC